AUUUAUAUGAACCUCAAGAGAGAACAGCCCCAGAAACUAACAAGUGCUCAAACACGUCGGCAAUGCGUGGCGGUGUCGCCCAAUAACACGUCUUGAGCCUUUUCCACCUCUUUUCCUUGCCAAAUAAUUCGCCAACACUACGAUACCUCAUAUUGUACUGUCAAGGUUCGAUGAUAAAGCAAAGCUUACAUCGAUGGGAAUCGAUGAUAGAUCAAAGCUUUUGAGAUGUGAGACGUGGCACGAUUUGGAGCGUCGGACUUGUUCUUCGCGGCUAUGGCGAGCAGCACGACGAGUUUCACCUGGGGCGGAAGUUUUGUGAGGAUUGGAGCUCGCAAAUCUCGUCGUGGAGUUCUUGGGUGCGUCAAGCCUCCCAAUGUAGGCGAGCUUUGCGAGAAGGCGCGGCUAUCGCUCACUCCCGACGAGGCUGCUGAGAUCGGGCCCCAGAUUUCGAGGGUCGUGGACUGGUUUGGCCAGCUCCAGGAGGUUGAGCUUGACAAUGUGGAUCCCGCGAUCCGGGUUGGUCAUGAGGUGGAAAGCCAACGGGGCUUGAGGAGAGACGAGCAUUUGGAUUUCACGGAGAAGGACUCGAUGGUUGCUUCGGUUGGCGAGAAAGAGGGCGUGUUUAUCAAAGUUCCAAAGAUCCUCAAUGAGCAAAGUGACUAGCCUAGCACUAGAAUAGUGAUCAUGGAUUGUGUAAGUUCCCAGUAAAAAAAAAGUAAAAAGAAAGUUGAUUCAA